AUGUACAAUCAAGACUACUUCAAAACUCGUGCACCGUCCAUGGGCGUGGGUAUGGGUGUUGCCAUAAUGAUGCAAAACGCGGGCGCGUUUGUUGGUGCUCCUGCUCCCGAUCUCGCCUCCAUACAUGCUCAGAUCAGAAAAGCAAAGGCCGAAGGACGAACCGUUACAAUGGUAAAUGGUGCGUUAUAUUUCGACUAUCAAAUGGUUGCAAGAAUUCCACCACAUUUCGACCUCAAUCUAUGA